UUGAGAGUGAACAACAACAGUACAACACAAUAAAAUAAAGAAUCCGAAGAAGCCUUAUCCAAACCUCAAACCCAAACCAAAUUUCAGCCAAGCCGCGGCGAACCACAGCCGACAGACACCCACCCCUAUCAACUACCGUACCAACUACCUCUCUGUUUUUGUUUUCCUCUUCUUCUUCUUUUUUCAGCCAUGGCUUCCUUUUCUCUCUUUCUUCUUCUCUGUUUCUCCUCAGUUAUGUGCUUUGUUUGCAAUAAUAUCUGUCAUGCUCAAAGCUCCUCUUUUGUUCUCCCUGUUACAAAGGAUGAUGAAACCCUUCAGUAUUUGACCACCCUUUCUUAUGGCACCCCUUUUGUGCCCACAAAGCUUGUGUUGGAUCUUGGGGGUCCACUCCUCUGGGUUGAUUGUGCAUCCACAAACACCCCUUCAUCUUCUCUUCUCGCAAUUCCUCACCGUUCAAUCCAGUGUCUCACUGCAAAAAGCCAUGAUGAAACUGAGCCUCAGACAUGGCUUUCAAACCCUGUGACAGAUCAAGACCAGCCAUGUCAGAUUCUCGCAGAGAACAGCAUCACAGGGAAAAAAGCCAUGGAAGGAGAGCUCGUAGAAGACCUUGUGGCACUCAAGUCAACGGAAGAGUCAAAAUCAAGCAAGAUUGAACCCACACACAAGGUUUUCUUCACUUGUUCACCCACCUUGCUCUUUAAUGGCUUAGCAAGUGGUGCUAGAGGCAUGCUAGGUCUUGGUAAAUCUCGCAGAUCUUUCUCAUCACAGAUUUUCUAUUCUUUUAGCACACAGAGAAAAAUCACUCUUUGCCUCUCAUCUUCUUCUGGGUUUGUCCUAUUCGGUAGCAUGACCUAUGAACCUGAAAUCCUUAGAUCUCUCACGUUCACACCACUUGUCACCGACCAAAACAAGAUACACGCUUCACAGGAAUAUUUCAUCAACGUUAACUCCAUCAAAAUCGGCGGCAAAAAAGUGUCUUUUAACCAAGAUGGAAAUGGUGGUACUCAAUUGAGCUCGGUUGUGCCUUACACCACUAUGCAGAGUUCGAUCUAUGCUAACUUCGAGAGUGCUUAUUUGAAAGCUGCUAUGUCUAUGAACAUGACUAGAGUACCUUCAGUUGCUCCCUUUGGCCUUUGUUUUAGCUCUCAUGGCAUUGGUAGCUCACAAGUUGGACCAAACGUGCCAGUUAUUGAGUUGGUGCUGCAGAGUGAGAUGGUUAAAUGGAGCAUAUAUGGGAGAAACUCCAUGGUGCGUGUAAGCAACGAAGUUGUGUGUUUGGGAUUCUUGGAUGGAGGUGUGAACCCAAGAAAUCCCAUUGUGAUAGGAGGAUAUCAAUUGGAGGAUGUCUUAAUGCAGUUUGAUUUUGAUACUUCCAUGUUGGGAUUUAGUUCUUCCCUUUUAAUGAGGCACACUAGUUGUUCUGGUUUCAGAAUUGGUUCAAUGCCUGCACAAUCACUUUGACCAUCACUUUGGUAAUAAUUGAUGAGGCAAACUACAUAGCUUUUUUUUCCUUAGAUUAUGGUGAAUUAUGAAUAGUUUCAGUUUUGUAAUCACCUUCCUUUUGGAUUUUUUUUUUCUCCCUCGCUAUAUGUGUAUACUACUGCUUAUGGCGAUGGCAUUUUUGUUUCAAUGUUUGUGAUAUUGGAAUCUUUGUCCUGUAUGAAAAGAAACUUGAUCAGUUGAUUUCCCCCAUUUUUUUCAUUUUCUUAUUUUUGUCUGUGUAAUAAAAAAGGCAUCUCAUUGAGGAAUAUUAUUGAUAGUGGGAAAAGCAUAUCCCUCAUGGAAGGCAAAUCAAAGUAAAGAUGUGGCACACUACCCAAAAAAGAAAAGAAAAGAUUUGGCACAUAGAAUAUAUCUUUUUUAUUCAUUCAUGAGAUAGGAACAAAAUAUUACAAAGGAGUAGUAUUUCCUACAAAGUCAGGCUCCCGGAACCAUUUUCCUUUCGUUUGUAAGUCAAUUCAAAUAAUU